CUCAUUCCUUUCACCUCACUACCAACACCAAUAACACCUCCUCCUCCUUCCUAAACAAUCUCAAACACUUGGUAUUUUUCUUUUCUCUCUGUGUUUCGCGUUGUUUGACAACACAAAGCACAUAGCAUCAUCAUGCCCGAGGCUCCCAGAGACGACGGCUACGAACUGGCAGAGAAGAACAAGAAGAUUCUGGACUUCAUAGAGGACGUGACUGCGAACGCAGACCAAGUCCAGCAGAACGUGCUUGGUGAAAUUCUGUCCCGCAAUGCAAACGUUGAAUACCUGCGACGACACCGUCUCAAUGGCCAAACGGACCGUGACACGUUCAAGAAGCUUCUUCCGGUCAUCACCUACGAGGAUGUCCAACCUGACAUUAACCGCAUCGCCAAUGGUGACACCUCCCCAAUCCUAACCUCCAAACCCAUCACUGAAUUUCUCACCAGCUCUGGUACAUCAGGUGGUGAGAGAAAGCUGAUGCCAACAAUCGAAGAGGAGCUAGGGAGGCGAUGUUUUCUGUAUAGCCUAUUGAUGCCAAUAAUGAGCCAGUUCGUGGGAGACCUAGAAAAGGGCAAAGGAAUGUACCUAUUGUUCACAAAAUCCGAGUCCAAAACCCCCGCAGGGAUCGUGGCACGCCCCGUCCUCACAAGCUACUACAAGAGCCCUUACUUUAGGGACAGACCCUUCGACCCAUACACAAACUACACAAGCCCAAACGACACCGUUCUCUGCCCCGACUCCUACCAAAGCAUGUACUCCCAGCUCCUCUGCGGCCUCAUCCAAAACCAACACGUGUUCCGCGUGGGAGCCAUCUUCGCCUCGGGAUUCAUCCGCGCCAUCCGCUUCCUGGAGAAACACUGGACCCUACUCUGCCACGACAUCCGAACGGGCACCCUUGACCCUCUGAUCACGGACCCUCCCGUGCGAGAGGCUGUCAUGAGGAUCCUGAAGGCUGAUCCGGCGCUGGCGGAGUUGGUCCACAGGGAGUGCAGCAAGGGGUGCUGGCAGGGGAUCAUUACCCGCCUCUGGCCCAAUACCAAGUAUGUGGACGUUAUUGUGACGGGGACUAUGGCACAGUACAUUCCCACUUUGGAUUACUAUAGCAAUGGCCUCCCACUUGUGUGCACCAUGUACGCUUCUAGUGAGUGUUACUUUGGUGUCAACCUCAACCCCCUUUGCAAACCCGCACAUGUCUCUUACACGCUCAUCCCCACCAUGUGCUACUACGAGUUCUUACCCGUCAACCGCUCCGACCACCUCGCUCCCACUUCGCUCAAUCACUCCCAACAACAACAAUUGCUCGACCUUGUUGAUGUCAAACUCGGCCACGAGUAUGAGCUCGUUGUUACAACUCAUGCUGGACUCUACAGGUACAGAGUGGGAGACAUACUGAGGGUGUCAGGGUUCAAGAACAAGGCCCCUCAGUUCAGCUUCGUUUGCAGGAAGAACGUUGUCCUGAGCAUAGACUCCGACAAGACGGACGAGGUGGAGCUUCAGAACGCAAUGAAGAACGCUGUGACACACUUGGUGCCCUUCGAUGCACACGUGGCGGAAUACACAAGCUACGCAGACACCACAACGAUCCCGGGGCACUACGUGUUAUACUGGGAGCUAAACUUGAAAGGGUCAACUCCUAUUCCACCCUGCGUGUACGAGGAUUGUUGCCUAACCCUCGAGGAGUCACUCAACAGCGUCUAUCGCCAAGGACGCGUGUCCGACAAAUCAAUAGGACCCCUUGAGAUCAAGAUUGUGGAACAUGGAACCUUUGACAAACUCAUGGACUAUGCCAUUAGCUUAGGUGCUUCGAUUAACCAGUACAAGGCACCAAGGUGUGUCAAGUUUGCUCCCAUUGUGGAAUUGCUGAACUCCAGGGUAACGUCCAACUAUUUCAGUCCAAAGUGUCCUAAGUGGGUUCCGGGACACAAACAGUGGAUCCAUCAGAGUUGAACAAUCCAAUAAACAUGCACAUUAUAUUAUAUUAUAUGUAUUUGGUUCGUAAUUAACUUUUCAUGCAUGGGGACAUGUUAGGGAAAAGUUAAUUAAUUACUUAGGUCAAGUCUAUGUUUUAAGUCGCGUAAUAUUGCAUAUAUACUCAUUUAUAACAACCCUCCACUGUAAAAUUUUAUCCCCUUGAAUAUAUAGCACUCUUUUUUCUUC